UUUGUUAUGAUGGAAAACGUUACGAAAACAGUAAUUGUGGAAAUCGAUGGGAAUGAAGAAUUCGAAGUUGAGUUCCAGAGUGGUGGUUUGAAUUGUGAUUUGCAAGGAAUUCUUAAGUGCAUGAAAUCUAAAUCUAACAGAGUAAAGGAAAUUUCACACUAAACAACAUUUGUAUUUAAAAGACAAAGUGAAAAAUUCCCUGGUGAAUGGGUCACAGUAGGGGAUUGGUCACCAGUAAAGGACAUGUGCACCUUGCAGUGUAAUGUAAAGCCUUCUCGUUCAAAAGUCCAUUUAAACGACUCAACUUUUAAUAAUGACCCUCUUAAAGAAAUCUGUUUGGUCGAAGACAAUUGGGAGGAGUUUACAACUGUAGAAGAAAACACUUCGUUAUCCCUGUCUGCCUCAAUAUCCAGAAUGAACAAUGACUCCCGUUUUGAAGGUGUCUGUAUAGGAAGGACAAUCCAAGUUGUUGAAACAUCUGUUUCCAAAACACCAUCUACAUUUGUCAUAUUGGAAGAAGCAGAUGGGAAUUUGCAGUCACAGCGUCUACCGAACAUGGAAAAUACUCACGAAUUUGUCAGAGGAAACAAUGUAUUACCAACGCACGUUCCUAACAAACAAAAUCAAGGUAUUCGUGCUGCAGCUACAAUGAAUCGUAAAAUAGAUAAAAAAAGUUUCACUCUGCCAAACUACUUUGGAAUGGCAGUUGUUGGAAAAAGGAAAAUGAAUAGUUGCCUAAACCAUCUUGACUUCCAGACCAUUACACGGGUUUUUGGUUUAAUGAAUUUCCGAACACACGAUUGCACCAACUACGGAUUGUUUAAAAUGGGUAGUUUCCAAACUAUUUGACACGUAUGGAAAAGCUAUUAUGGCUGAUCCGAACAAUGAAGACGUAUCCAUGGU